AUGACAGAAACAAGCAGAAGCUCCCGACGGCGCAACGGAAAACCUGCCCCGUGUGAGCCCUUUAGGAAGGACAAGGCUAAACACGAGAACACCAGCGCGGCUAUCAACACGGCUAGAAGACCGAGUCAAGAACUAUCGCCGUUAGAACUAUCGGACUGCAACCCUGGACUUGAUACACCACUACCUGCAGGUUAUUUGGGACCAACAAGUUGUCUCGAUGCGUUUUCGGAGGCGCGCGAAGUCGACAAGCAGCCACCCACGCUCACCAAAACCGAGGCUGUGACCCCCUACUGGGUACCCAAAGUGGCCGAGAUCCUCCGCUGGUUGCAAGAUCUAGCAGUCGUCGAGCAGCUCGUGCAUGAGUACUACCGAAUCAGCCAGUCAGCCGCCAUCCCGGCGCCGUUCAUCCUGCAUGCAUUGGCCUCGUUGUCAGUGGAUACCCUGCUAACAGCCCUUCUUCAGAAUACUGGUCAGCGCCUGGUUAUCCCUCGAACAACUGAGGGUGGCCAGUUUCUAGGGCUAUUCACAGGUGCACAGCUUCGACUUGAUAUUGGCGUCAUAGCUGCCAUCGCCGGAAAGGCCAGCUGUUUCGCACUUACUCAUGGGCAAGCUGUCGAGUUGUUUCGGCCCCGAGUACCGAGCUUGUUUCCCCCGACGCAUGACAGACACUCGACACGAACGGAUGAAACCCGCAAGACUCGCCGAUCUUCCAACGAGCAUCCUGGCUCCGUUUGCGCUUUGAGCUCGGCACCAUCCGCGUGA